CCCCUUUUUACCCAGUAACACCACUCUCUCUUUCUUUCUUUUUUUUUUAAUAAUGGCAAAUAGAUACAAUGACGCCCAUCGAUUGUUUGUACAAGGCAUGUUUACAAAACGCAUUGUGACAGAAGCAGAGGCAAACCAGUUUUAUAAUCAUGUGCAUACCAUUACCACUCGAACACCCGACAAUGAAUAUCCCAUGUUUGUAGCCGCCAUUAAUAAAGAAUUAAACGAACUCGAUUAUUCACUUCGCAUGACACAGGAUGAACGUGAUGGCGAGCCUUAUUUAGUCCUUGUCAAUGUCAAACAAGAUGCCAUGACAGAAGGUGCCACCAUGUUUAAACCGCUUGAAAUUAGUUACUGCCGAGAACUGUUUGAUGCUAUUGUAAAUGCGGAUAAUGAAGACUUUGCAGUGACUACGAUGGGAGCGAUUAAUUUAGGCAGCAAAAUCAAACCCCUUAAAUUAAACCAACGUGAAACGCAAGAAGUGCUGGAUCAAUUGGUGUUGGAUGGUUGGAUCGGGUUGGAGCGUAAGGGUGUGUAUUAUUUAGCUACACGUGGAUUGACAGAAUUACAAGGCUUUUUACGUGAACAGUAUGGUGAUAUCAUUCGAGACUGUGUGAUCUGUCUUGAUAUUGUGACGAUGGGUGAAUCGUGUGCUGUCAGUAAUUGUCCUAUUCGAAUGCAUAAACAUUGUGCCAACACACAAUUCCGUAACUCUACCAAUCCUGUGUGUCCGCAGUGUUCAGCACGCUGGUCUCGUAAUAAUACAUUUGGCUUAGGUUUACCUGACGACGACGACGAAGAAUAAAGAGAAGAAGAAGCAAAAAAAAAAAAAAAAAAA